AUGAUGUGGCACAAAGCAGUUUUUCAAUUGUACUGGCAAAUCAGAAGAGGGGCCAAGGCUAUUAUUUUGUAUUGCCUUCCCACAAGGCUCCUCACCACAAAAUGUGGCUUAGGCAGACCUUUUGUUCCUCCAGCUGGGGUAGGCUAUGUCUCAGAUGAUUUCACCAGCACAAGAACUUGCUUCUCUCUACAACUUGAACUUCUCAGACUUCCAAGGAGUAAGUUUUCUUGGUCACAAUAUACAGAUUUAAAUAUGGGAAUUCUGGGCCAACUAUUGAUCUUUCACCUCCUCUGGGCUGCUUUUGUCUUUUGCCAAUAUGAAGACUAUGAUUUUGAGGAUGAAUAUGGUGGGGAGCCAGAUCAUCAGCUUCCAUAUUAUUUUAACCCAAACACCCAAGUUGAAGUUCCUCGUUUCCCUUUUCCAGUUGAGUGUGCCAGGGAAUGCUUUUGUCCACCAGCUUUUCCCUUAUCCAUGUACUGCGAUCACCGGGAACUCAAGACAAUACCAAACAUCCCCAGUCAUGUGCAACAACUUUAUCUUCAAAACAACAACAUUGAAGCCGUGCCUGCAGGACCAUUCACUAAUGUCACCUUUGUAAGGGAAAUUAACCUCAGCCACAACAAAAUUAAAUUCCAUAUGAUUGACCAUGGUGUUUUUGCCAAACUUUCAAACUUAGUGCAACUUCAUUUACAACACAAUGAAUUAGAAGAAUUUCCAUUCCCUCUGCCCAGCUCUCUAGAGAGACUCCUCCUCGGUUUCAAUAAAAUUUCCCGGCUACCUGGAAAUGCAUUGGAAGGACUGCCCAACAUGACCAUGCUUGACCUUUGCAAUAACUUACUUGAUGACUCAGUAUUCAAAGAAAAACCCUUUUCCAACAUGAAAAAUUUAAUGCAGCUUAACUUAUGCAACAACAAAUUACAGACUAUGCCUCCUGACCUGCCAUCAUCACUUCGGCAUCUCUCUCUUGAAAAUAACUCCAUUUCUCACAUUCCAGAAAACUAUUUCAGCAGACUUCCCCAAAUCAUUGCUCUAAGAAUGUCCCACAAUAACCUGCAGAAUGUUCCAUACAACAUCUUUAAUCUACCCAACCUUCUAGAACUUAAUCUUGGACAUAACAAAUUGAAACAGGUGUUCUAUAUUCCAAGAAGUCUGCAGCAUUUGUACAUUGAAGGCAAUGAAAUUGAAAACAUCAACGUGACCUUGAUGUGCCCAACUCUGGACCCACUCAACAUCAAUCAGUUAACCUACAUACGGGUGGAUCAGAAYAAGCUCACAAGCCCCAUCAGCACCUACGCCUUCUUCUGCUUCCCUCUCAUUAGAACCAUUUAUUAUGGAGAGCAAAAUGUCACUGUCAACAGGCCCACUCGGCUCAGAACACCGGUGUUCCGACGGUUUUUAACACCAGAGGAAUUCCAGGAAGCAGAAGACAAUCAUGAAACGCUCAAUCAAGAAACUGAAGAAGACCAUGAGGCAGAAGACAGCUAUUCUCAUCCUUACUAUCACUGAAAUAAUCAUUGCUAAUAAGUAUAUACAGAAAUUUUUCAUUAAUGUGGGUUAGUCAUAUCCAUCUUAGAACAAGUGGAUAGUUUCAGAUAUUUAAGAUGCAUCUAUAAAGUGGAGAUAGGAUUUCAAAGACAGUAAUUGUCCUGUUAUUGGUGUAGUAAAAAACAAUCCUAGGAACAAAGAGCCCUCACCUGAGCAUUAGAUAAAAGUCUAAUGUUCACACAACCUGGGAUGAUUAUGGGCUCACUUUUGUGUGAGCAGCCAAAGUGAAAGAAAAUGGACUUGAAAAACUUUUAUGUCCUAAGUGAUCCAGUUGCCAAAUGACUAAAAUACAAAUCACUGUCACAUUCAAUAGGAACAAGUGAUUAAGACCAAAAUCYCUCUAGUUCUACAUCCUACUGCUGACAGCAGAAGCAAAGAGACACACUACAGCAAAGAACAAGAGAGUAAGAUUACAAAAUACUUCCACAAGGUUCUUUCACAUCUCCCAGAAAUACAAAUGUUCCUUUUUCCAAUUUCUAAUUGGACAAGCAAAUCACCAAUGUGAAGCCUCAAACAUACUGUUUCAAAUGCCCUGACAAGCUGUAUUACAAUAUUUGAUUCUCUGGCUGUAUCUCAACUCUCACAAUCCUUCCAAUGAGAUUUCAGCUCAUUAUUACCACAGGCAAUAAACAAUCUUCCACCAAGCUGCUGGGAUCUGGGGAGAAGGAUGUGCAUUAACACACCUGAACCAUUACUAUUUAUAUUUUCUCUAUGCUUCAGCCCAUUUUAKUUUAGAAGACACAAAGAAAUGUAAUGUAAUCUUUUCAUUUAGAAUUUUUCAUCAAGAAGAACAGGAGCAAAGAAAAGCAUUGCAGGCUUUUUUAACUAUUAAUUUAGACUAUCCCUCUGCACAGCUAACACCAAUUAGCUGCAUUCUGCUUCAAAGUAGAAUCAACACUGCUUUAAGUAACCUGAAGAAAACUUUGAGCUAUGCACAUUUUUUAAACUCAUGUUUAUGCCUAGAAACAGAUCCAAGUAACUACAGGAAAAGAUAAGUAGGGCACUAUUGCUUUUUUUUCUCCAUUUUUAUUUUUCAGUGGYUUUUCCUGAUAGAGCUUUUCUAGCUGUAAGGAUAAAUCACUAUUUUCUACAGCAAAAUUACRUGUUUGCAAGUAAUAGAUCCAUACAUCAUACUACAGACUUUGCAUAAUUUUAUAUAGUCUUUUUAGCUAUCCUGCACUUAAAGUACAAUGUAAUCAGAUUUGAAUUUCUAAGAAGAUAGGCAGGUUCCUUUUUUCUCUUAGAAUUUCAAUUAUUUUUUAAGCUGAUCUUCACAUAUAUGGUUUCUGAUGUACUGACUCAUAUAUUAAGAAAAUUUUWAAAAUUACUUCUUUUGAAGACAAAGAUUUAUUGUAAAGCUAUGAUUAUCAACUUUAAAAAUAGAUGUAGUCUUCGAGAACAACUUGYACGCAUUUGUAGAUACAAAAUUUAUUCUAUCAUUAUUAAGUUGUGGAUCUUCAGACAAGUAACUGAGGAAAUCUGUUCUCCUUUAAAAAAAAAUUAACAUUUAUCACCCUCAAGUACCUCUGGGUUUAUGAAUAAGGAACACAUGCAUGYAUUCAUUCCUUCACUGAAGUACUUAAUAACAUAUAUGUACAGUAUAUACCAGAAUUUAGAUCGAUCUAUACCUUUAUAGCUUYAUUAACAUAUACAUGCAUUCUGUUAACUUUAGAGAACCUUUCAACUAUUUCAGAUUUUAAGUGAAUGGUACACCAAAUGCAAAUACCAAAAAUACUAAAAAAAUAUACACCAAAGAGAUUUCACCAUCAUUUUCCACUGCUGCUGCAAAAGUAUGAACUCUACAGGUAUAAAUUAAAUUGCAAUUUAUAGAAUUCCACAAAUAUAAACAUUUUUAAACCAUUUUGCCCAAAAUUUAUAUUUCUAGCAACCUAAUUAAUUUAAAAGGAAAAUAAAUAAUAACACAAUCUUUUAAUUCAUUGCAUUAAUUCAUUAGCUACAGAAAAAAAAAGAAAAUMAAGCAACAUCCCCCUAUGACAACACAAAACAGAUAAAUGCGAAGAGGAGCCAUGAACAGCACAAGGAACAGAUGCCUGGAACUSUGCAGUAAAAUAUGGAUAAGGCCAAUGAUUCUUGGGGCCCUGCCUCAAGUGUCCCAGUGGACACAGUAACAGCUCCCAACAAAUGAUGAUACUGUCAUAAGGAAGCAAUGCCAAUUCUGGAAGGAAUUCUAAGAAAUUGUAAUAAAUUGCAGUACAGUAGGUUGGCUUGUUUCAGGAUAUAACUGAUGUUACAUAGCAAAGUUCAAGAGAACAUAUGUUCGACAGAGGRGUCUGGGUGAACAGGGGUCUGUUGCUCUGGUUAUCAUUUGUAUUUCUUGAUUAUUGAUUUCUGUUCAAUAUUGUGCAUGAUUUUUACRAUGUGCUUUAUUCCUUUAUAACAAAGUAACUGAUAAAAGGAGCUUUUCUUUUCCAGAAAUGCAAGAAAUAAAGGUAAUGUCUUCAGCCUUAAAAAAUUCUGAUUGUAAAUCAGAAACAUAUGGAAGGAUGUUCAUACAAUCAUUAGGUCAUUUUUCAGCUGUCUCCAUUGUGCAGCUGCUGGCCCUAACAGUGACCUAAAUUAAUUUAAUUCACAGAGUCUUGGAAAUUGUUGCAACUUUUCAUAAAAAUGUUUAUGCAUAACUAUUUCACCUCGGGUAAUUCUCAGUCAAUUGUGAAUCUUGAAGAAUGAUCUAUGUUUUCUCUCUCAGACACAAUGACAUUUAUUUUACAUUUAAUACUACCUCUGAACCCUCCUCCAUCCCUCAAGGAUGCUGUGUUGGAAUAUACUUUGCUUUACACAACAACUCUUCUAUAGAAUCUCCUUCAGUCCUCAAACCAGCAAACAAACCAGG